CCGUAGAAGAAGAGCGACAGGCGGAAGUUGUUCAUCACCGCCUUUCUUCAAAAACAAUCACAAGAACUGCUGCGUAACAGCUUUAUAAGAGACACGAAGGGACCUCACAGCGGGUAUCUGUGCGCCUUUUUUCAGCGCUAAAAUGCCUCUCUCCACUCAGUCGCAAGGCGAUGACGAACAGUACGUUUUAGUGGCGAAUUUGGACAAUGCUCGCAAUCUCUCCAACAUCCUGAAAGCAAUCACCUUCAAAGAUCACGCCAUCUUCACAGCUACAACCAACGGCCUUAAGGUCACAGUGGAGGACUCGAAAUGUCUGCAGGCCAAUGCCUUCAUCCAGGCUGAGAUCUUCCAAGAGUUCACCAUAAGAGAAGAUCUGGUGGCUUUUCAGAUCAACCUCACUGUUCUCCUUGAUUGCCUCAAUAUAUUUGGUGGAACCACAACACCAGGUGUAUCAACAGCCUUGCGGAUGUGCUACAGGGGGUAUGGGUACCCUCUGACGUUGUUCCUGGAGGAAGGUGGUGUAGUGACCGUGUGCAAGAUUAACACGCAAGAACCAGAAGAACCGAUUGACUUUGAGUUCUGCAGCACUAAUGUCACGAACAAGGUGAUCUUGCAGUCAGAGAGUUUGAAGGAAGCCUUCUCUGAACUGGACAUGACUAGUGAAGUGCUACAGAUUACCAUGUCCCCCAGCCAACCAUACUUCAGGUUGUCAACGUUUGGGAAUGCUGGAAAUGCUCAUUAUGAUUACUCCAAAGACUCGGACAUGAUGGAGCUGUUUAAGUGCACCGAGACACAAACGAACAGAUACAAGAUGUCCCUCCUGAAGCCGUCCACCAAAGCCUUGGCUUUGUCCUGUAAAGUCUCCGUCAGGACAGACAACCGGGGCUUCCUCUCUCUGCAGUACCUGGUCAGGAACGACGACGGACAGAUCUGCUUCGUAGAAUAUUACUGCUGUCCCGAUGAGGAGGUGGAAGAGAACUGAGAACACCAGAUUCAAAUCUGACUUGUAAUAAGCACCUUAACUACACACCGGAGUCCAGUUUGCCAGAGGAGGCAGGUAUGGAGAAAAUGCCGGACUUGUAAUGGGCACAGUGGAGUAAACAGAAAAUGAACUGAUUCAUCAUUUGCCAGAUUUGAGAGAUGUUCUUAUGCUCUCUAUGAUUACGCCACACGUCAUAAUCAGAGCUCGAUGUGCUGCAGGAGUAUACAGAGGCAUGUUCGAUGUGUGUUCAAGUACUCUAUUGAUUACUAUGGUGACUCAGCUGUUUUCAGUCAUAAGUCUCACAAUUUGUGAAUGUUACUCCUGAAUUUGAGUCUACUUGUUAAAUGCAGCUCUCUUUAUAUUUGCAUAUCAGAGCUCGUCUUUUGACAUAUGCUUCCAGAUGGCUGACAGCCUGUAAAACAGGACACAUUAGACCCAGCUCACUGAUCUAAAACAACUAGACAGUGAUCUAAAACAACACCUAUUCUACCUAUUU